CACAAAUUCUGGAUCGACGGCAUGUACGACGGCACCAUCAUCGUCGACCUCGUCACAAAAAGGCUGAAACCAAGCAUGGGCAGCCUCUCUUCGCGCUGAUCCUGGGCUCCAUAUAAGCAGCGCCGUCGGAGUCGCCGCGGCGCGAGAAGUGGACGAGCAGCGCCGUCGGCGCAAUGGGCAGCCCGCUCUUCGCGCUGGUCCUGGGCGCUGCCAUCGCGCAAGCCGCCGCGACCACCGUCGUGUCCACGGCGAGCGAGUUCGAUGCCAACAUGGGCCAGCUCGAUGUCGUCGACGUCGUCUCAAUCGAACUCGCUGCCGAUCUCGCCUGCGUGUCGCCCGUGUCGAUCGGUGCGAAAAAACAGCUGACGAUCUCCUCGCCGUCGGAGGACGAAAUCUACAGCCUGAGCAGCUGCGGCAGCGCCGGCCUGUUCACGGUCACCGGCCAGGCGGCGCUCACGCUGGCCAACGUCGCGAUCUCGGGCGAAAUGAACACGACGAUCUCGGUGGCCAACGAGGCGUCCGCGGCGCUCGACGGCGUCGUCGCGGCGGGCAACGCGGGCGACACCGGCGGGUUCUUGCGCGCCGCCGACGACGCGACGGUCACCGUGGCGGGCGGCGCCUUCUCAAACAACUCGGCGGAAGACGGCGGCGUCUUCUAUUUCGAAGGCAACGCCGUCGCGGCCGUCGACGGCGGCGUCUACGGCGGCAACAGCGCGUCGUCGAGCGCCGGCGUGAUUUACGUCGCCGACGCGGCGCAGUUGGCCUGGUCCGGCGGCGUCGUCGCGGGCAACGCCGCGUACUUAAACGGCGGUUUCGCGACGGUGGACGAGGACGCGACGGCCACCGUCGACGGCGGCGCGGUCUUCGCCAACAACACGGCGGGGGUGACGGGCGACUACAUGGACACGGACGGGUGGCGGUACGGGCCCGGCGCGUUCGCGAAGGUCCGGGGCGUCUUGACCGUCGGCAACGCGACCGUCCGGGGCCACGAGGUCGCCGUGCACGUGUCGCUGGGAGGUUUCGUCCACGUUUUAGGCGGAAACUGGACGGAGAAUUUCUGGCACGUCGACUUCGGCGCCGUCUUCUUCAUCGUGGGCUUUAGCACGGUCGUGAUCGAUGGCGGCACGUUUUCGAAGAACACGGCGGUCAUUUCGGGCGUCGCGCACGUCAAGCGGGGCAGCCUCCUCAUACGGGGCGGCGAGUUCCGCGACAACUACGGCGACGAGCGCGGCGGCGUCGCCUGCGUCCGCGGCGAAGGCUCCGAGCUCCUCGUCACCGGCGGGACCUUCGCGAACAACUUCGCGCUCGAGGGCGGCGUCUUCUUCGUCUACGAGGGCUCGCUGAACGUCUCCGGCGGCGUCUUCGAGGGCAACGCGGCCGCGGAGGGGGGCGUCGCCAAGUCCCAAAACCGGCUCGUCGUCUCCGGCGGCGUCUUCUCGAACAACGGCGCCGAGGAGACCGGCGGCGUCUUCCACGCCGGCGACGACGUCGCCUUUGUGGAGGGCGGGUCCCUCUACGGGUCCUUCGACUGGUCCGGCGGCGCGUUCCACAACAACUCGGCGCCUCUCGGCGGCGUCCUCUACCACGCCAUGUCCACGGCCCCUCGCGUACGGCUCCCGCCCGUCGCCACCGGCAACGUGGCGGAGAUCGGCGGCGUCGUCUACGCGGCCGAGGACGCGGUCCUCGACGGCGCGGGCUCCGUGCUGUCGCAUAACUCGGCCUCCGACGGCGGCGUCCUCGGCGUCACGGCCCAGGCGGUCGUGUCCCUGACCGGCGCGACGCUCGUCGGCAACGUCGCCCGCCGCGGCGGCGACGUCGCCGCGGACGCGGCCGCGACGAUCGACCUCGUCGGCGUGACGUCCGUCGGCGCCGGGGCCACGGCCAUGGGCGGCAGCCUCCACCUCGAGCCGCGGUCCCGCGUCACGGUCCGAGACGUCGCCGUGGCGCGCGCCGACGCGCCCUACGGCGGCUUCGCCUACCAGGACCUCGACAGCGUGUUGGUCGUCGAGGGGAGCGCCUUCGACGGCUGCUCGUCGGGCGUCGCCGCGGGCGUCUACACCGGCGACCAGGCGCGCCUGACCGUGUCGAACUCGUCCUUCUCCAACGGCGCGGGCGCCUACGCGUCGGCGCUGUAUCUCCUGGACGCCGCCGACGUCUCGUUGGACAACGUGGUCAUCGCCGGGGGCGCGUCGACGCUCGCGAUGACGGGCUCCGCGGCGGUGGUCCUCGACGCGACGGGCGGCGCGUUUCGGAACGUGUCCUUCCGCGACAACGUCGGCGGCGCGCUCAGCGUCGCGGAGGCGGCGAUCGCGCUGACGGCGUCGACGUUCCGCAACAACACGAUCUCGGGCAGCGGCGCCGCCGUCGCGCUCACGAACCGGGCGACGGUCGCCGCCUUUGAGUGCGUCUUCGCGUCGAACUACGCUUCCGAAGACGGCGGCGCGGUCUACGCGACCUUUUCCUCGGAAUUCACCUCGAACGGGUCCAUUUUCGUCGGCAACGUCGCCGGCCGCCGCGGCGGCGCCAUGCGCCUCGACGGCGGCGCGACGGUCGCGCUCGCGCCCUCGGACGUCGUCGCGGGCAACUCGGCCCCGAACGGCGGCGGCGGCGCGGCCUACUUCGACAUCUCCAACGCCUACGCCGCGCUCAACCGCACGGACGGGCCGACGCGCGCGGCGUUCGAGAACAACAGCGCGCUCUACGGCGGCCGCUUCGCGACGGGCAUCGCGGCGAUCCUCGCGGAGCACGCGGGCGACGAGGCCGCGGGCGAAGAUUUGAAGCACGCCAUCGUCGUCUCGGCCGUCGACGCCUUCGGCAACGUCGUCAAAGACACGGCGACGGUGCUCUCCGCGGAGCUCACCGCGGGCAGCUCCCUCUCCGGGACCGUGAAGAUGGGUUUUGUGGAUGGCGUCGCGACCUGGGAGGCCGGCGAGCCGCUCCAGCUCUACGGUCACCCCGGCGGAUCGCUCGAGGUCGUCGCGUCGCUCGAGUCGACGUGGGUCGCCUACGCCGGCGCGGCGUUCGACGAGGACCGCGCGCAGCCCUACACGGCGAACCUCACGUUCACGUUUCGCCAGUGCGUGCCCGGCGAAUUUUUAAUCGGCGACGAAACCGGCGGCGAGUGCAUCCUCUGCGGCGUCGGCGACUCCCAGCGCGACUACUGGUACUCGGCGCGCGGCUCCGCGUGGAGCGCCGACGCCGCCUGCAAGCGCUGCGCGGCGGGCUUCGUCUGCGAGGACUUUGGACAGACGUUGGACGCCGUCGUCACCAAGGGCGGCCGCUACCGCGCGUCGCCCCGGGCCGAGAAGACCUACGAGUGCCCCGGCGCGCGGCGCGCGUGCCCCCGGGGCAACGCGACGGGCGCCGCGUCGUGCGCGUCGGGCUACGCGGGCGCGCGCUGCGGGUCCUGCGACCGCGACCACUACCGGGCGAUGACGCGCGACGGCGGCAUGACCUGCGAGAAGUGCCGCUCGGGGAACAACGGCGUCAUCGUCGCGGUCUACGCGGUCGUCGCGGUCCUGGCGCUCGGCGCGCUCGUGGCCGUCGUCUUCUCCACGACGGGCUCGUCCCUGUUCCUCGCCGUCGCGGACACGGCGGGCGGCGCGGCGGAAGAAGUCGUCGGCUGGGCGUCCAACGCCGCGCUGCAGAAGCGCGACUCGAAGCGGUUCGCGCUCGACGACGCGGCGACGACGUCGUCGCUGAGCGUUUAUGUGACCAAGGUCAAGGUCGUGCUGAACUUCGUGCAGAUCGUCUCCGCGGUGCCCAUGGUCUUCGGCCCCGCGCUCGAGCUGCCGGGGUCCUUCGCGGCGCUCGUGCGGCUCACGGGCCUCGUGUCCGGCAUCGACGUCGCGUCGCUGCUGCCGACGCGGUGCCUCUUCUCGGGCCAAUCCAUCGCGACCUUCUACGCCGAGAGCCUCGCGACGACGCUGCUCGUGCCCAUCGUCUUCGCUUUGAUCGUCAACGCGCUCUUCUGGGGGCACCGCGUCGUCGGACGGCAGACGCCGAAGGAGGUCGUCGAGCGGCGGCGCAUCGUCACCCAGGUCUGCCUGCUCUUCAUCCACCUGACGCUGCCCAUCUGCGCCUACGCGGCCGUGUCCGCGCUCGUGUCCGAGGAGAUCGACUACGGCGACGGCGAGACGCGGCGCUUCCUGCGCGUCGAGCCGGCCGUCGCGACGGCGUCGUCCCAGUACAGGAGCGUCACCCGCGUCUGGGCCAUCCUGGGCAUCUUCAUCUAUCCGCUCGGCGUGCCCGCGCUCUACUACACGCUGCUCAAGCGGUUCGAACGGGUGCUCCACCCGACGCACGCGGUCGCGGCGGACGUCGCGGGCGCGACGAAGCGGCGCACGGAGCACGCGAUGCUGAGCCUCGACUACCAGCUCCGGCUCGUGCAGCGGCGGAAUAAGUCGCUCGAGCACGACGCGGCGAACAUCGUCCAGUCCUUCCAGUUCCUCUGGAUCGACUACGAGCCGCGGUGGUACCUCUGGGAGAUCUUCGAGGUGCUGCGGCGCCUCUUCUUCACGACGCUGCUGGCGAUCAUCGCGCCGGACUCGAAGCUCCAGGCCUUCCUCGCGCUCGCCGUGUCCGUGCUCUUCACGGCGGGCUACAUCCACGCGCAGCCCUUCAUGGAGGACGACGACGACCUCCUCGCGGAGGUGAGCGGCUGGUCCGUGACGAUACUGUUGUUCACGACGGUCAUGCUCCGCAACGGCGUCCUCCUCGGCUGGAUCGCCGUGGUCCUCCUCUUCGCGGCGGCGCUCCUGCCCAUCGCGGCGUUCUUCUACGUCAUCCACCGGGUCUUCAACGGCAAGUACGACGAGGCCAUCGACGACGCCGAGGCGGCGUGCGUCGACGGGCGCCGCGGCAUCUCGGGCAGCGCGGGCGGCGAGGCGUACCGCCCGUUCCCGCGCCAGGCGCCGGCGGAGGACGCCGGCGCCGACGACGGGACCUACAGCGACGUGGAGCUCCUCGACGGCCACGGGCCCGACGAGCCCAACAAGGACUGCUCCUCGGCCCCGACGGAGCUCCUCGAGAUGAUCACCUGCUCGGCGAACCUCGAGGAGAAGCGGGGCGGCGAGCCCGAGGAGGGCUGCGACGUGGGCCGCUCCUCGUAA